UGGGGGGGCAGGCGGCCGCCAUCUUCUCGCCGAGGCCGCCUCGCCCGCCGCGCGCGCCCGUCCGGCCGCGCACGGGUUAAGGCUGGCACCGCGCCCGGCGGGAGGGGGGGCGCCCACCUCCCCUCCCCCCCGCGCCGGGCAUGCGGGGCCCGCUGGGCACCGAGGAGGAGCUGCCGCGGCUGUUCGCGGACGAGAUGGAGAACGAGGACGAGAUGUCAGAAGAAGAAGAUGGUCUUGGGGGCUUCGAUGACUGCUUCCCUGAGGAGCCUGUGGGCCUUCCCAAGAAGAAGAAAUCCAAGAAGCUCAAGGAGAACAGGUCCAAAGGGAAACGGAAGAAGAAGGAGGGGAGCAAUGACGAGCUGACGGAAAAUGAAGAAGAUCUGGAAGAGAAGUCGGAGAGUGAGGGCAGUGACUACUCCCCUAAUAAGAAGAAGAAAAAGAAACUCAAGGACAAGAAGGAGAAAAAAGCCAAGCGAAAGAGGAAAGAUGAUGACGAGGAUGAUAACGAUGACGGGUGCCUGAAGGAGCCCAAGUCCUCGGGGCAGCUCAUGGCCGAGUGGGGCCUGGACGAUGUGGAGUACCUGUUCUCAGAGGCCGACUACCACACACUGACCAACUACAAGGCCUUCAGUCAGUUCCUCAGGCCGCUCAUUGCCAAGAAGAACCCGAAGAUCCCCAUGUCCAAAAUGAUGACCGUCCUGGGUGCCAAGUGGCGGGAAUUCAGCGCCAACAACCCUUUCAAGGGCAGCUCGGCAGCGGCUGCCGCGGCAGCAGUGGCCGCGGCCGUGGAGACAGUCACCAUCGCCCCUCCGCUGGCUGUCAGCCCCCAGCAGGCAUCCCAGCCUGUACCUAUCCGCAAGGCCAAGACCAAGGAGGGCAAGGGGCCAGGAGUGAGGAAGAAGAUCAAAGCCUCCAAGGACUCGAAGAAAAAGGGCAAAGGGAGAAAGGUAGCCGGGCUCAAGUUCCGCUUUGGAGGGAUCAGCAACAAGAGGAAGAAAGGCUCCUCGAGCGAGGAAGAUGAGCGGGAGGAGUCGGACUUCGACAGCGCCAGCAUCCACAGCUCCUCCGUGCGCUCCGAGGGCUCGGCAGCCCUGGGGAAGAAAAGCAAGAGGCGGCGCAAGAAGAGGAGGAUUGACGAUGGUGAUGGCUAUGAGACGGACCACCAGGACUACUGUGAGGUGUGCCAGCAGGGCGGGGAGAUCAUCCUGUGCGACACCUGCCCGCGGGCCUACCACCUAGUCUGCCUCGACCCAGAGCUGGAGAAGGCUCCGGAGGGCAAGUGGAGCUGUCCUCACUGUGAAAAGGAGGGGAUCCAGUGGGAGCCGAAGGACGACGAGGACGACGAGGAGGAGGGCGGCUGCGAGGAGGAGGAGGACGACCACAUGGAGUUCUGCCGCGUGUGCAAAGACGGCGGCGAACUGCUCUGCUGCGACGCCUGCCCGUCCUCCUACCACCUGCAUUGCCUCAACCCGCCGCUGCCCGAGAUCCCAAACGGUGAAUGGCUCUGCCCGCGCUGUACUUGUCCCCCACUGAAGGGCAAAGUCCAGCGGAUCCUGCACUGGAGGUGGACGGAGCCCCCGGCUCCCUUCAUGGUGGGGCUGCCGGGGCCCGACGUGGAGCCCGGUGUCCCCCCACCGAAGCCCCUGGAGGGCAUUCCGGAGAGGGAGUUCUUUGUCAAGUGGGCUGGACUCUCCUACUGGCACUGCUCCUGGGUGAAAGAGCUACAGCUGGAGCUGUACCACACGGUGAUGUAUCGCAACUACCAAAGAAAGAACGACAUGGAUGAGCCGCCGCCCUUUGACUACGGCUCUGGCGACGAGGACGGCAAAAGCGAGAAGAGGAAGAACAAGGACCCUCUCUAUGCCAAGAUGGAGGAGCGCUUCUACCGCUACGGCAUCAAGCCCGAGUGGAUGAUGAUCCACCGUAUCCUGAACCACAGCUUCGACAAAAAGGGGGACGUGCACUACCUGAUCAAGUGGAAAGACCUGCCCUAUGACCAGUGCACCUGGGAGAUCGACGACAUCGACAUCCCCUACUACGACAACCUGAAGCAGGCCUACUGGGGUCACAGGGAGCUGAUGCUGGGUGAGGAUGCCAGGCUGCCCAAGAGGCUGGUCAAGAAGGGCAAGAAGCCAAAGGAGGAUAAACAGAAGCCGCCAGACACACCCAUCGUGGAUCCCACGGUCAAGUUUGACAAGCAGCCUUGGUACAUCGACUCCACGGGUGGCACACUGCACCCGUACCAGCUGGAGGGCCUCAACUGGCUGCGCUUCUCCUGGGCCCAGGGCACAGACACCAUCCUGGCCGACGAGAUGGGCCUGGGCAAGACUGUGCAGACCAUCGUCUUCCUCUACUCCCUGUACAAGGAGGGGCACUCCAAGGGGCCCUACCUGGUCAGCGCGCCCCUGUCCACCAUCAUCAACUGGGAGCGGGAGUUUGAGAUGUGGGCGCCCGACUUCUACGUGGUCACCUACACGGGGGACAAGGAGAGCCGCUCCGUGAUCCGGGAGAAUGAGUUUUCUUUCGAGGACAACGCCAUUCGGAGUGGAAAGAAGGUGUUCCGCAUGAAGAAAGAGGUGCAGAUCAAAUUCCACGUCCUGCUCACCUCCUACGAGCUCAUCACCAUCGACCAGGCCAUCCUGGGCUCCAUCGAGUGGGCCUGCCUUGUGGUGGACGAGGCCCACCGGCUCAAGAACAACCAGUCCAAGUUCUUCAGGGUCUUGAACAGCUACAAGAUCGAUUACAAGCUGCUGCUGACGGGGACCCCACUUCAGAACAACCUGGAGGAGCUUUUCCACCUCCUCAACUUCCUGACUCCAGAGAGGUUCAACAAUCUGGAGGGCUUCCUGGAGGAGUUUGCCGAUAUCUCCAAGGAAGACCAGAUCAAAAAGCUCCAUGACCUGCUGGGGCCGCACAUGCUGAGGCGGCUCAAGGCCGAUGUGUUCAAGAACAUGCCGGCCAAGACCGAGCUGAUCGUUCGCGUGGAGCUGAGCCAGAUGCAGAAGAAGUACUACAAGUUCAUCCUCACGCGGAACUUCGAGGCCCUGAACUCCAAGGGGGGCGGGAACCAGGUGUCGCUGCUCAACAUCAUGAUGGACCUGAAGAAGUGUUGCAACCACCCCUACCUGUUCCCCGUGGCUGCCGUGGAGGCCCCCGUCUUGCCCAAUGGCUCCUAUGACGGCAGCUCCCUGGUCAAGUCCUCGGGCAAGCUCAUGCUGCUACAGAAGAUGCUCAAGAAACUGAGGGAUGAAGGGCACCGCGUGCUCAUUUUCUCCCAGAUGACGAAGAUGUUGGACCUUCUGGAGGACUUCCUGGAGUAUGAGGGCUACAAGUAUGAGCGGAUUGAUGGUGGCAUCACUGGGGGCCUCCGACAAGAGGCGAUCGACAGAUUCAACGCCCCCGGGGCCCAGCAGUUCUGCUUCCUCCUCUCGACCCGGGCGGGUGGCCUGGGCAUCAACCUGGCUACAGCAGACACGGUCAUCAUCUACGACUCGGACUGGAAUCCACACAAUGACAUCCAGGCCUUCAGCCGCGCCCACCGCAUCGGACAGAACAAGAAGGUAAUGAUCUACCGCUUUGUGACUCGGGCCUCGGUGGAGGAGCGCAUCACGCAGGUGGCCAAGCGCAAGAUGAUGCUCACCCACCUGGUGGUGCGGCCUGGCCUCGGUUCCAAGUCUGGCUCCAUGACCAAGCAGGAGCUGGACGACAUCCUCAAGUUCGGCACCGAGGAGCUCUUCAAGGACGACGUGGAGGGCAUGAUGUCUCAGGGCCAGAGGCCUGUCACGCCCAUCCCGGAUGUCCAGUCCUCUAAAGGGGGAGCCCUGGCUGCCAGCGCCAAGAAAAAGCAUGGCAGUACCCCGCCAGGCGACAACAAGGACGUGGAGGACAGCAGUGUGAUCCACUAUGACGAUGCGGCCAUCUCCAAGCUGCUGGACAGAAACCAGGACGCCACGGACGACACGGAGCUGCAGAAUAUGAACGAAUACCUGAGCUCCUUCAAGGUGGCGCAGUACGUGGUGCGCGAGGAGGACGGCGUGGAGGAGGUGGAGCGGGAGAUCAUCAAGCAGGAGGAGAACGUGGACCCCGACUACUGGGAGAAGCUGCUUCGGCACCACUACGAGCAGCAGCAGGAGGACCUGGCCCGCAAUCUGGGCAAGGGCAAGCGCAUCCGCAAGCAGGUCAACUACAACGACGCCUCCCAGGAGGACCAGGAGUGGCAGGACGAGCUCUCGGAUAACCAGUCUGAAUAUUCCAUCGGCUCCGAGGACGAGGACGAGGACUUUGAGGAAAGGCCAGAAGGGCAGAGUGGACGGCGACAAUCCAGGAGGCAGCUGAAAAGCGACAGGGACAAGCCCCUGCCACCUCUUCUCGCCCGUGUGGGUGGCAAUAUCGAGGUGCUGGGCUUCAACGCCCGGCAGCGGAAGGCCUUUCUGAACGCCAUCAUGCGCUGGGGCAUGCCCCCCCAGGACGCCUUCAACUCCCACUGGCUGGUGCGGGACCUUCGAGGGAAGAGCGAGAAGGAGUUUAGAGCCUAUGUGUCCCUCUUCAUGCGGCACCUGUGUGAGCCGGGGGCUGACGGUGCAGAGACCUUCGCGGACGGCGUGCCCCGUGAGGGCCUCUCGAGGCAGCACGUGCUUACCCGCAUCGGGGUCAUGUCACUAGUUAGGAAGAAGGUUCAGGAGUUUGAACACGUUAACGGGAAAUACAGCACCCCGGACUUGAUCCCCGAGGGGCCCGAGGGCAGGAAGCCAAGCGAAGUCACCUCCUCAGACCCCAACACGCCAGUGCCCGCCAGCCCUGCUCACCUCCUGCCGGCCCCACUGGGCCUGCCAGACAAAAUGGAAGCCCAGCUGGGCUACAUGGAUGAGAAGGAGCUGGGGGUGCAGAAGCCAAAGAAGCCCCCAGAAAUCCAGGCCCUGCCAACUGCCCUGGACAGAGUGGAGGGCGAGGACAAGCAUGAGAACUCAGAUGGCCAGGAGCGACUGGAGGACGCAGAGAAGGCCCCGCCGUCCCCAGAGCAGCCGCCAAAAGAAGAACUGCUUCCUGAGAAGGAGAAAAUUCUGGACAAGCUGGAGCUAAGCUUGAUUCACAGCAGAGGGGAUGGCAACGAUUUCAGGCCAGAUGACACCAAAGUGGAGGAGAAGGAGCCCAUUGAAACACAGCAAAAUGGUGACAAAGAGGAAGAUGAGGAGGGGAAGAAGGAGGACAAGAAUGGGAAGUUCAAAUUCAUGUUCAACAUUGCAGAUGGGGGCUUCACAGAGCUGCACACAUUGUGGCAGAAUGAGGAACGUGCUGCUGUGUCCUCGGGGAAAAUCUACGACAUCUGGCACCGGCGUCAUGACUACUGGCUGCUGGCGGGCAUCGUGACGCACGGCUAUGCCCGCUGGCAGGACAUCCAGAAUGACCCGAGGUACAUGAUCCUCAACGAGCCCUUCAAGUCUGAGAUCCACAAGGGCAACUAUCUGGAGAUGAAGAACAAGUUCCUGGCCCGCAGGUUCAAGCUGCUGGAGCAGGCCCUGGUCAUCGAGGAGCAGCUCCGGAGGGCCGCGUACCUUAACAUGACCCAGGACCCCAACCACCCAGCCAUGGCCCUCAACGCCCGCCUGGCCGAGGUGGAGUGCCUUGCUGAGAGCCACCAGCACCUGUCCAAGGAGUCCCUUGCCGGGAACAAGCCAGCCAAUGCUGUCCUGCACAAGGUCCUGAACCAGCUGGAGGAGCUGCUGAGUGAUAUGAAGGCGGACGUGACGCGCCUGCCCUCCAUGCUGUCGCGCAUCCCCCCCGUGGCUGCCCGUCUCCAGAUGUCAGAGCGCAGCAUCCUGAGCCGCCUGACCAACCGAGCUGGUGACCCCACCACUCAGCAGAUAUCUAGCUGUCCCCGCGAUGUCCCUCUGUUGCAGUGCUCAUUUCCAGCUGAGCCACGCCUGCCGGGCCACCUGCCCGACCGCCACAGGAGAGAAAAGCUACCGCCUUUUUAGGAGCCGUGCCACCUUGGGACAGAAAGGGAAACUGAGUAAUGCCAUCACAUGGGGGACGAGGCCCAGCCUGGCUGGGCCAGAGCCCAGAAGUGCCACCUCAUCAUAAUGCAAGUGUCCCGCCCAGCGUCACACCCACCCAACACUGGGACGUGCCCCGUGGUGGCCUUUGCCGGACAACUUCUUAGAAGAGAUUUCAUUUAUUUGUACAUCUUUUGCACUUUCCUAUUGAAGACUUGAAAAGUUUGUCUUGAUAAAAGUUGAGUGACGCGUGGAGGGGGUCUGACCUGCUACACUUAACGUCUCUCUCUGUCAACGGGCUCCAGACUGCAAGGGAAGAUUCUAGAAGCCCUGCUGUUGCCCCAUGGACUCGGUCCGCCUGGGCAGCCCUCAUUGUGCUCCCGCCCACCCCGUCCCGUCCUGCCCGACCACCCGUGUCCUGGCCCCCUGCUCCCUGGGGCUCUCCAGUGCUGGGUGGGUCAGGACUGGGGAGCAGCUGCCCAGCCCGAGGGUGGAGACCUCGGCUGAUGCCCAGGGCAGGGGGUUAUUCCACUCCCUUCCUCCCAGGGCUGGAGACCACCAGGUAUGUGCUCUCUGUGUGGGGGAGGGGGCCGGUCAGCAGGCGUCUGGCCCUGGCCCGGAGUGGCUUGCGGGCCCCGGACUCUGAUCUGAGCAAGGCAGGCCUAGCAUGUGCUCCUGGGAGGGAGGGGAAGAGCCUCCUAGAGCUUUUUUCUCGGCCUAUGUGGGAAGGGGCUUGCUCUCUGCCGGGAUGUGGUUAGCAUCCUAGCGGGGAAGGUCACAGUGGCACUGAGGGUGGCCCAGGAGACCCUGGUCCUGCCCGGUGCCCUGGGAGGCCCAUCACACCCACCUCCAGGUAAACUCUCCCUGUUCGGUGUCAUGGCCACAGAUGCAAGGAAGCAGGGCCACCCCUUGGAGCCUGGACUUCUCCCUGCCGUCCUGUCCCCAGAGAGGCCUCAAUGUGGUCACUUGCCGCUGGGGCCUGUAUCACAGCCGCCCUUGCUGUGUUGUCAGAUGGCCCGGGGAAAGAAAGCUCUGCUUGGAGACGGGGGACUGGACGUGAUGACCCUUGAGCAUCCCGGGCUCCCUGCCGGGAACACCCACUGUGUCCUGCGAGGGCCCCAGCAGACGGGGAGGAGCAGCCAGGCCGGGCCUGUCUGUGUCCGAUGCUUCCUCUGCGCUCGCUCGGCCUGGAAGGCGGUUUCCCAGCCGUGAGUGGGUGGCUUCCUGGGGAAGUGCCCUGGGUAUGGAAUCCAGGAUGGGGCCAGGAUUUGGGGGCUCGUCUUGGGGCCUCUUGGGCAAUCAGCCAGCCCUUACAGGGUCCCAGGAGCCAGGUGUCCUCUGUAAGUGGCUCUCUGUGCACCCCGGGAGGUCUGGGCCCCCAAACCACUCCCACCUUGGCGUCCCCUUGCUUCAGCGUCUCUGAAAGCCCCCAAGGCUGAUGCAGUGCAAGCACCGAGGUGGGGGCAGUGGGGAGCAUCCGGAAGGUGGCCCGCCGGCUUCCAGUUCACCUGCGCGGCAGCACUGGCCUCGCCUUCUGGGGAGGGCAGGGUCAUCCCUGUCCGCUGUGGCUCCUCCAGUGCCACGUGCACGUGCUUGUGUCUUGUGGUCAGUGCCUCCUGCAAAGGCUCCUGGCUUGGGCCACGGGCGAGGUGACACCCCUCCCCCGCAAGUCCCGUGAUGCUCCCCUCCCAGACCUCCGGUCGGCCCUGUGGCUGGCCUCACUGGAACAGUGCUGACCUUCCCUGGCCGCAGUGGAUGGGCCCGGAGUGUCCAGCCGGGAGGCACACGGGGGCGGGGCAGGGGUCUGCAUCUCUACCGUCUGGCCCCAAAGGCUGGUGGUCCCCCCUGCUGUCAGCCCUUCCUCCCCAGGAAGCCUCCCUCUGCGCGCCCCAUCUUUGCCUCCAUCCCAGACCUCCCCCUUGCCCUCGUCCCCGGGCCAGAGCCAGGCACCCACAGAUGGCCAGAUCCGGGAAGGGCUCAGCUCUCCGCAACCAGCGCCCCCUAGAGGCCCGGGAUCGGGGGCUUUGGACAGUUGGGGAGUGGCUGUCAGGUCAGCUGGUUUGGGAGAGGAAAAUGGAUCUCAGACUGUUUUCUUCUUAGUUUAUCAGUUCUCUCCAGCCAGGAGUGGUGGCGAGCGGGUGCGGUGUCCCCUGUCUUUGGCAUCUUCCGGCUGGGUUUGGUUUUUGCUGCUGGCAGAAUGAGGGUCUUUGUGUACAAGCAGAAUCCUAAAGUGCCAGCCCGCAUUUUUGUUUCCAGCCACCCUAUUAUUUAAACCAGUGCUGAGUAGGCUUUCUGUCAAACCACCUUUGGGUCACGGGGGCUCCCAGGUGACGAGGGGAGCUUGGGCUGGACUGACCACGUCCGGAAGGGCCCCCCUCACCACCCCCCCCCCCCACAUGCCUGCCCCGGGAAGUGUGUCCCAUGUGAGGAGACCCUCCCUGUAAGCCACCUUUGGGAGUUCCUUUGUUUUCUCCAACUUAUGACCAAGGUCCUGCUGAUACCCACAAGGGGUGCAGGUGCCUGCCCUCCUGCUCUCUGGGGGAUCCUUCCCAGGGUCCUCUGGGGCCUCCCCAGCCCAGAUUGUGGCUGGAUGAGCCUUGCCCCGGUGACACGGUAGCCCUUGCUCUCGUGACAGUCCCGGAGCUCUUGAGGGCUUGGGCGGGGGGGGUUCACAUAGAGGGUUGGCUCAGGGACAGGAGCGCCUCCAGAGCUUGGGGCGGGAGCGGGGGACUUGGCCGAGAGGCGGGGGUCUGGCCUGGCCAUGGCCUCGGGUCCCCCCUCGACACCUGCGGCUAUUCUGUGCCCACUACCACCUCCGUCGAGGAAGCUGGCUCCUGCCCCAUUUUCUCUUUCUGGAAGUUUACAGGUCGUGGUGCAUCAGCCCAAAGUCAUUGGCGUUGUGUUUUGGGUUUUUUUUCUUAGUUUUCAGAUUUUUUUUAAACAAAGUAUUUUUUUAGGUGCGAUAACCCAGAAAGGGCCCGUUGGGUGUGUGUGUAUGUCCUGAACCCCUGACGUGGACAGGGGGGCCCCAGCCCCCCUCGGCUCCUGUGUGCGGAGAGGAGGGGGGUCCUGCUCCCUGUGUGUUGGGGCCAUGAGGGUAUGAGGGAGCAGUUCCCGCGCAGGCUGGCAUCUGGCCCAGCUAAGGGGGCCGGGCCCCUUGCCCUGGGUACACCCCCAGGCCAGCAAAGGAGCCUGGGUGAGUUGGGAGGGUCCCAGCCAGGGGGCUGGAGCUGGAAGCUGAGCCCCCGUGAGUGGCGACCCGUCCGGUCCCUGGCAGGACACGGGAGAGGCUGGACAGAGCCUGCAGCCGACACAAUCCCCUUUACUUUGUACUCUGUGUGUAUGUCUUUGUUUUCUGUGUUUUAAUAAAUCCUUUGGGAAAGGAU